AUGGCCGAGAAGGACAGUAAGAAGAGAAAGCGGCAGUCAAAUGGGGUCGACGGCCCGAGCAAAAAGGUGGUGAUUGCAGGCAAUGGGGACAAGAUGAAGGUCACAUACUCGGAAGACACAUGUCCAGUCCUGCUAUCCGCGCCAGGCGUAAAUGCACCGAAAGUGCCAUUCAAGGCAUGGUCCAAAGCCACCAGCUCCAAGCGCACCGGCGCAGUGAAACCCGCGACCCAUCAUCUACUCCUCCACUCCUCACAGCACCCGCGACUCGACUACACAGCUACACCACACACCCUCGAUGGUGCCCAGCAGCUCUCUCACUAUGUCGCUGUCUACGAUCCUGCUACCAAGCAGCUUCGCGUCACGCCGGCACAUCACCUGAACCUGCGAAGUACACUACGAUCGGAAGCACAAGAGAAGGAAGAAGAACGGCUCACGAUCGCGAAACAACGUGAAGCGCUGGGCAAGGAGUUUGGUACGAAGAAGGCGAAGAAAGCCAUUGAAAGCAAGACGACGAAUGCCAUCUCACAGGAUACGAAGGGCAAAGGAAAGGCCACAGAUUCGCAGAACGCCAUUCUCGAGAGCGUCGGCGAUGUCACAGCAGGAGCAGCCGCAAAGAACGAAGACGAAGAAGCAGAAGCCCUGCUCGCCGCGAAACCAAUCCCCCGACCGAACCUCACCGCCGAGAACGUGGAAGACGUCUACACAUUCGAUACCCUCAUACCACCCUCGGACGCACGGCUAGUACCCAUCAAAGACUGGCAAGAGAAAGCUCGCGAAGACGAAGACAUCAAGUUCUCCCACCGCUUCCCAGCAUUCCGUGUUGGAGCAGUCGGCAAAUCCGACGACCACACGAAACUUACAGCGCUGCGGUACCUUACGUUGCUGCUGGAGUUUCACGAUGCGCUCAGCAAUGCUGGAAGAGCAGGAAAGAAGGUGCCCAAGAAGGAGAUUAUCGCCAAGCGCUUCUCGGCGUGGCCGUCGCAGCUUGUGGAUGCUGUGCGGCGGCGCUUUGCGGAUGAGACGGGACAAGCGCUUGGGAAGUGGCAGCAGGACAACCUCUAUACGCACAUCUGCGCACUGAGUCUGUACAUUGAUGGAUGGACGACGAAUGCGAGUAACUUGAAGGACGACCUGAAGCUGGAGCAGAGAGUGAUCUCUCAAUACUUCCACGAGCUCGGCUGCAAGGUGUCUACGCCUACAGAGACCGAGGCCAACCGCUACAACCUCAAGAAGGCGGAAAAGGCAGUCACCAGGUUCGCGCGUCUCAAGCUACCGCUGGACUUUCCAAAGCCGAGGGCUGGUCGGAAGAAGUAA